AUGGCAUCUUAUCCCAACCCAAGUACUUUCUCUACACUCUUCAACGGCGGUUUCAUUGCUGAACAUGAUCGCACACUCGGCCUUCGCUGUCACGAUCGCCACUUCCGCGACGCUGUCGUCUGCGAUGAGAACGGAGUCAAAAUCUUUGACUUCAACGCCAAGGACAUCGUGAUAUCUUGGACAUUGCGUCGUAGCCUUGUCGACAGCGCAUCCAAUCGCCAUAUCCUAGAUCUUCGACACACCAAAAUGGGCUUGAAAACAUGGAAACUCGAGGACCACCAAGGCAACCAAGUUUGCAAGAUCCAAGAUGUGACAAGCGGAUCUGGGUUCACGGCUGUGGAUGUGCAGAUCAUGGCUAACGGAAGCGAAAUAUCAGCUAUCCAGAUACGGUCUUUCGACAAAGCGGGAAGUAGGACUACUUUCCAAGUAGAUGGAGUUACUAUUGUUGAAAUGACCUUGACGGAUAAUAAUGACGCAUCUUUCUUACACAAGCGCGGACUAGACAGGACUACCUGGAGACUGGAAGUGGUGAAAGGUGUUGAUAUCGCUUUGGUUGUGGCGUUAGCUUUUGCUCACGCUGAGAUAUCGCAUGCCUGGCGUCGUUGA